AUGAAAAAGAGAACACAGCAGAAUUACCUCAAGAGCUUGAAACGAUUCUCGGUUUUCCUCACUGUCCAAACCAACCUGAGAAAUGAGGAUUUGCCACUCCAUAAAGAGUGCCAGUACUUCAUUGCCUUCAAUGAUUCUUUGCAGCACAUCCUUGCCAAGCACUCAAAGAAAGAGAUCACCCAAAAGAGGAGAAAAUGUGAUUCGCAUUCCAUAAUUGGGGUAAAGGAGCACAAGACAGCAGCACAGCAAGUGGCCGUGUUUACCCUGUCAGAGGAGAAGGAGCAUUGGUUGGAUGUGUACUACAGACUGGUGCGGCCACAGCUCCUGAGACCCACCAGGAAACGCAAGAGGGAUGUGGAGGACGAGAUGGAUGGAGAAGAAAGAUUCUUCCUUUCCACCGCAGGGAGGCAGAUCCACAGUGCCUCCAAGGACCUGCACCGGUUGCACACAAGGCACAACCUCCCGUCAGUGACCAGCCAGAUGGCACGCAGAGUCUUUGAGACGGCAGCUAAGAGCCUGACAGAUUCUGAAAAAUCAAUGGUGGCCGAUUACCUGACCCAUUCCAGCGCAACAGCGGAGAAGCAUUACCGCGUUAAGACGAGUGGACAUGCUGUGACGGCUGCUGAGAUUAUGAAGGACAUGGGUGGUGUCUCAAGUUCUGAUUCUUCUGGGGAGGAUGCCAUCCCGGAACCUUCUGGGGAGGGUACCAGCUUUGAGUCUUCUGGGGAGAGUACCAGCCGUAGUACCUGUAGCACUGCCGGUUCUGCUACUGCUGUCAGAUCUUCGUCAGAAUCGGAAAAGGAAAUUCAGGCGUCAUUUCAAAUCCUACUUACGAAAUAUCCCGUGACAAUUGAUGGGCCAAAACCAAAACGGGAACUUCUAAAGGGUGUGUCUUGUUGGCGAAAGUUUUAUGAGCGUUGGGAGAAGAGGCAGUUGAAACUGCGACAAGAAUGUGUCCACUGAAACUUCACUUGGCGUCAGCCAACACAUAACCGGCUCGAAGAAUGUGUUGCUAAGCAGGCAUGGGCCGGUAAAACUGGUAGCCAACGACUUCUUGUGAGGAGGACUCCCGUAGUCUGCCAGGCAUCAGCCUUCAGACAUUCUGUUGCAUGUCCCAGACCUGGUGAAAUGUAACUGAAUUGUCUUGGCCAGCUCUGCCUCGAUCUUCAUCUGAAUUCAGUGUAGCCAAAUUCAGAUGAGGGAUUUACUUGGGGGGUGCACCAGGGUCGGGGCUGAGCCGGGGAAGGUGUCUCCAUGUUCCUGUGACGGAGCCCCCGUCCCCGGGACCGCAUCAUGUCCCCCUGUGUAGCCGAAUUCAGAUGAGGGAUUUUGGAUAAAAAUGUGUGAAUGAGAGCCGUGGCUGUGUCCCCCGGAUGAUUUUACGACUUGGGGAGUGCACCGGGGUCGGGGCCAAGCUCCUGUGACGGAGCCCCCGUCCACGGGACCGCAUUAUGUCCCCCCAGAUGAGCGAUUUCGGAUAAGUGACGUCGCGAUUAACAAGACGAAAUAACGUUAUAACAUUACGUCUUGUUUUGGUCAACGAAAAUGAAGAGACAUUUUAGCAUAUUUUUUAUUUUGUAAACCACAUUUAGU